AUGAUGCCUCCAUUUACACCAGAUGCGCGUAAUUUGGGUGGUAGAAACAUGAUAUCCCAACAGAUUUGGAAUCAUUUAUAAUAGUUAAAGGAAAUAUCAUAGCAAAUCCCUCAGAUUUUAAUAUCGCCACGAAAACUUCCCAAUUCUCCUAAGCAAAGUAUUGAACCUAUGAAUUGCAAGAGAGUCAAUAGAAAAUAAGAUUAUUUGCUCUAUCCAACUUAUUUGUUUAGACGCAAGACUAUUUCUGAGAGCUUCACAUCAUUGAGUCCUAAAAAUAUUCGCGAUGAAACCUAAUUGCUAUUCCAAGAACCCCUUUUGAGAAGAUAAAAAAAUCUGAAAUCUCCUCAAAAGAUUUUUCCAUUCAGCACCAUAUAAUUAGGAUCUUUAUAUAAAAUCAAGACUAAUGAAGUAAAAGUGAAUAAGAAGAAUGAUCAAAUACCUUGGCACCAAGUAGAAUUGACAGUCAAGGAUUUUAACAUAGAGUACGAGGAUUUGUUGAAUGAAAUCGAAUAAGCAAUCUUAGAUUUUGGAAUCUACAGUGCAACUGAUUAUCAAAUCUUGAUUCAAAUGAUUUUGAGACUCAAACCCUAAAUACCUAAAAUGGACUUACUAAAUAUUUUUAAUGAACUUAUUAUUAAGUAAUAAUUAUAACUGUCUUGA